UGUCCAAUUUCACCCCACUGGGACUUUCAAGCUGGUCUUUGUUGCAAUGGUACUUGAAGUAAUGAGCCCACCUGGGAUGAGGCUGAAGAAGGAGAUCAGCACUUUGAUGUGUGGUUACCUUUGAUCCUGCCUGGCAAGUAAGCAAAGGGGAGAAAAAAACCCAAAGAAAGAAGGAAUAAAUCCCUGGCAUGCUGACUCAGCACUUUUCACACCGUAAGCUUUGAACUGUACACACAGCUUCUGCACCUUACCUAUGCUCCGUGUUCCCAGCUAGAAAGCACCUUUGUGUCAUUUUUCAGCCUGUCAGCCUGCAGUAAGUUCAGUGAGCACUAUGAGUCCAAAAGCCAGCUCUGGAGGUGAGGAAGAAGCCUCGGGAAUGAGGAGCAAGACCCUGGGGGAGAGCGUUUGCUCAGGAAAGGUGGAGAGGGGACAAGCGAUCCUUGUUGCCUACCUGAUUGCAACCCUAGAGCUCACCUUCCUCUUCAUGCAGACGGGAGUCAUGCCUUACUUGGCAAAGAGCCUAGGUUUGGAUUCAGUGGGGCUUGGCUACCUCCAGACAACCUUUGGUGUCCUCCAGCUUGUGGGAGGUCCCAUUUUUGGAAGGUUUGCAGAUCAAUUUGGCGCCCGAGCAGCAUUAAUUCUCUCCUGUGCAUCUGGAAGUGCCUUCUUCCUGCUCAUGUCCAUCUCCACCAGCAUCCCCCUCCUCUUCCUCUCCAGGCUGCCAGCAGUGUUCAUGCAUGGGCUACCAGGUGCUCAGAAGCUUAUUACAGACCUGACUACUGCUUCCCAACGCACUAAUGCUUUGGGGAAGCUGGGUCUUUGCUUUGGAAUAGGCAUCAUCAUCGGCUCUGCCCUGGGAGGUGUCCUCUCCACCAAAUUUGGCAUUUUUGUUCCUGCAUAUGUUGGGCUGGUGGGAAAUCUCAUAAAUACCGUGAUAGCAAUGGUUUGCAUCCCUUUGCAGGCUAAACCAAAGUCAGACCAUCAUGUGACGGAGCACAGCACAUCACAGUCUGGCAACAUGUUUAGCAUCAGAGAAGUCCUACACCUGAUGAAGUUUCCGGGAGUAAUGGAAGUUUUCAUAGUCAAGGUCUUUGCUGGAUUUCCCUUAGGUUUGUUCCUGAUUAAGUUUUCCAUCAUCUCUAUGGAUUUCUUUGGCUUAGAAGCAGUGGAGUCUGGAUACCUGAUGUCAUAUUUUGGUGUCCUUCAAAUGGUUGUCCAGGGUCUGGUCACUGGAAAACUCACUAACCACUGCACAGAGAGGACCCUGCUCAGGCUCAGCGUCUUCAUCUUUGCUGGCGUCGGCCUAGGCAUGGCCCUGAUGAGGACCGUGUGGCACUACUGCAUCGUUGCGGUGCCAAUGGUGUUUGCCUUCGGCAUGCUGGGCACCAUCACUGACAGCAUCCUCACCAAGGCCGUCCCCUCCUCCGACACCGGUACCAUGCUUGGGAUUUGCGCCUCGGUGCAGCCCUUGACCCAGACGGUGGGCCCAACCAUCGGUGGAGUUUUAUACAAACAAUUUGGAGUCACCUCCUUCGGCUAUUUACAGCUAAUUGUCAAUAUAGGUUGGUUUGUUUACCUCUUAAAGAGUAAAAUCCCACGGAGAGAGAUGAAAAGCCGGUAAUUCAGUUGCAAGAAGGUAACCCCCUUACUUUUUCCAUAGAAAUAAAGAUGUUCUUGAGGGGGUUUUUUGAUUCCAUAAACCUGGAAUAAAACUGUUUGAACAGCA